AUGAUCUCUCCGAAGCUCUACCCUGGGCUGCUGGGGCUGGCUAUCUUGUUUAUCUUUGUGCGACCCGCGCUUGCUUUCGGCGCCGGCAACAUCGCCGGCAUUUCCAAGGUUGAGGGCCAGAACUGGCGCCAUGGCGAUAUCGAGGACACCCUUCUCACCAUUCUUAUGGCCCGCGCGGUCGGCGGCAAGAAGUUCAAUAAAUUGAUGGUUUCGCGUGUCUACUUCGGAAACUGGCUUCGCGACUAUUCUCAAGCGAUUGACGUAGGUACCGUCAAGUCAGUCUCAGCCGAGGCCAUUCGUCUUCUCCUUUCUGUUCUCGGUUUCAUGAGUUUCGGCUUCGGCUCCAAGGAGUUCGAAGUUACCGCGGAGCGUCUCGGCUGCUACCGCCCCGAAGACCAUAUCGAUAACCCGAAGAAUUAUGCCGACAAUGAAGACGCUCGCCAGUACCAUCGAGCACUGCGUGGCCCUGUCGAUGAGAGCGUUGAGCUUGCUAUUGAUGAAGAAACCGGAAUGAAGAAUUAUAUCGCAAACGAGCGCGUGAAUAUUAUGACUUCGGCCCUUCACGUUCGACGCCUCUUCGGCAAAAGUAUCGAGCUAGUUCGAAACUAUAAGCAUAGCAACAAUAAGGCCGACUUUUACGAGGCACUACGACUUCUGGGAACCGGUCUUCACUGCCUCGAAGAUUAUCUGGCUCAUAGUAACUACACGGAACUGGCUUUGAUCGAGUUGGGCGAGCGUGACAUAUUUCCUCACGUCGGUAGCCGUACCCAACUACAAAUCCCAGGUGUCAGACACGAAGUUUGGCCGAUUGUCACGGGAACAUUUGGUGGUGUUGAUUUCCUCCACUCCGUCACUGGCGAAGUUUCGGACAAGUUGACCCAGAACGAGAUCCAAGAACUUGAAGGACAACUAGAACAGCACUCCCACGAUGACACCAGUGUCCUAGCAGAUCUACUCGACAAGAUCCCAGAUGGUGUAUUUGGUGCUGACGAUAAGAAGCAGAAAAUGAACAACAUCCAAUCCAAUGCUCAGGCAGCACAAAUGGAGAAUACUUCGAUCUCUCCCCGAGACCCUGAGGAAUUCACUCAAUAUGCCGGUCAAGUCUUCCAGCAGAUUAUGCCCGCCAUCGAGUUCCAUGAUGACCUGAUGAAAUCCAUCAGUGCGGCUAUCGAGAAGAUUCCCAUUUUACCCCAGAUCAUCGAACAGCUCGAAGAACAGCUAUCGAUGUGGGUCUUCACCAUUAUUGCGCCUUUCGUCUUACCUAUCAUUUCCCAGGUGAAGAAUGAGCUUGCGACUGGGUCAAGCGAAAUCAUCGCUAGCAGUCAGAAUGAACAGCAUAUCGUAUUCAAUGACCAUAACUGCUCCGAUCCCACACACUCAAUGCUGUCCAAGGAUCACUUUUCAAACAUUCUUAACGAAAUUGCAGGCAAGACUGCCAGCAAGGUGGUAGCCUGGGUCACACCUCAGAUAAUGGAGGCUUGGGACGACGAGGGUGUUGACAUUGAUCGUACUUUAACCCGAAUCGUUAACGGUGUGCUUCACCACCCAGCACAGCGCCAUAUGGGAGAGGACGGUGCCGAAGACGGUCGAAACAUGAUGUUCCGCAGCGUUGAGGAAUGGUGGAGCGAGAUGCCUGAUGAUGCCAAAGAUGAAUAUCGACAGAAGCUCUCCCGCGAAGGUGUGCUUAAUGGUCAAAACCAUAAGGAGGGCGUCCAUGAUACCGGCCACGGCUGUGGAAAACCCCUCGGCAUGAACAAAACCUUCCAAGGCGGCGGCACCGUUGAGGAUCGCAUCGCUGGCGCCGCUGCCGGUGCCAUUUUCGAAGGUAUCACGGGUGGUAUCUCGAACGUGGUUGACUCCCAGUCAGGUGGUCAAAUCAAACUACCCAGCGGCGGUGGAGGAGAUGGCGGUGAAGAAUCAUUUGGCGGAGGUCUUCUUGGUAAAAUUGGCAGCUCAAUACUUGGUGGUGCCUUCAAGAAGGAGGAAAGCGAAUCAUUCGAGAGCAGACAGCAGUACAACGACGGUUCUUACACCGAGAGCCGGACCGAAUAUGGCCGUUCUGAAGACCGCUAUGGACAGGCUAACGUCAGCGAAACUCAUUACUCUAGCGGAGAGCAGCGUUCCGAAUACAGCCGCUAUGAACAAGAUGAUAGCGGUAGAGGCUACGGUUACCAAGAGCGAACUGAGACCCGUCCUACCUAUGGUGGUGGAUACGAGGAGCGUACUGAGCGCCGAUACGAGAGCAAUGAAGACAGCUAUGAGGAGUCUAGUGGAUGGCGUCAGCGACGAGAAGAUGAUGGCGGUUACGGUGGGCGAGGUGAUGACUAUGGCCGCCAAGAACGACAAGAAUAUGGACGAUCUGACGACUACGGACGAUCUGAGAGACAGGAAUACGGACGCUCAGAUGAAUACGGGCGUUCCGAUGAUUAUGGUCGCCAGGAGAGACAGGAGUAUGGACGGUCCGAUGACGACGGUCGUGAAGAUCGCCGCGAGGAUGAAUCAGGAGGCGGUGGCUUCCUAGGCAGAGUCAUGGAUCGUGUUGGUGAAGAGUUCGAAAACAGACGACGCCGAGAUGAUGGAUGGUCCUAA